AUCCAAUCAUGAAUGAUGAAUAUCGCGAAUGUUAACAAGGUGGGAAUUGAAACCCUGUAGUUGCUUUCGCCCUGCAGUAUGGCUGACAUUCGCUGCCCGGAAUAUCACAAAGUGAGGCUGUUGUCAUAGCAUAUACUAGAAUUACCCAGCCGUAGAUUUCCUCAGACGAAGACGUUCACACUAGGGAAUAAUUCUGUUAGAAACGAUUGUCAUGAAAAGUCCGGGCCUGGGACAGACUACAAGCAAGUAAGUAUUCAUGAGUUGAAACCAAAACCACAGUCCUGGUAGUUAACCACGAACUGCAUUAGUUUCAGGAAACCUCUGCGCGAUGUAUUUCAAUAACACUCCCCGGCCGUCGACCGCACCAGAGAGAUCUAGAGAACCCACAGCUUCCAAACAACAAAACAUCCUAUUUCUGGAGGUUCAAUCCCAUACGGCGAAAUAUUUGGGCCCAAGGAAUUGAAACAGGAGGACCAGAAAUUCCGAGGUUUCUGUCGGGAUCAAAGUCGCGGCCAUCCUAUACAAGGAUCUUCAAUGGAAUCUCAACACAACCUCUCAAGUAUAGUUGGGGGUAGCCAGCAGCUUCCAAAUACCAUAACACAGUCCAUCAGAACAACAAGCGAUGUACCGCCCGUACCUCGUAGUCCCACAGAUCUCGAGCACUCUAGGAGUUUAAGUCAAACCCAGCCCAACGUAUCGCCAGUUACAUCCUCCAAUAUUCCCAGCCACCAACGCCAUACUUCGACGGAAAACCAUCUACCACUAAUUUAGACCCCUAUUGGAAGUUCAGCUGUCCGCCCAACUGAAAAUUUAUCCCACCGAAGUCCAGAUAAUCAUCAAGCACAUGGACAUCAAUCUCCACCACAUAGCCCAACUAGCGAGAACAACUUCCAACGUGAUUUGAAUGUGAAUAUCUUAUACUAUAAGCCAUUUACAACUUAUGAUCUUUCGCCCGUAAUGUCGCCUCUUCCACCACCUUUGACCUGGACCCAUCAUUUGAGAAAUAGAACACGGCCCUUACAACCUCCACCUGGGCUAUGGCGUUGGAUAUUUCUUUCGACGUUCGUUGUACUCAUAGCUAUCGCCGCCGUAUUUGCAGUCCGAGAAUCAACCAGACCAUCUCCAGUGAUUAAAAAUACUGUUACAGUCGCCGACAUCACCCCGACUGAGGCGACAUUGGCUUUUGACAGCUUUGACGUUGAGGGCCCCGUUAUGGGGACAUACUUUUCUCUACCGGCUGAAAGAUCGCAGUCCUUCAUGAUUUACGGUGCGUCUCCUGGGAGAAUUUGUAUACGAAAUCGGCUCAAUGGGACUUGGAGUCCUACAGAAAAAUGUGUCGAAAAUGCAAACCCGAAGCCCGGAACUAGUUUUUCUAUUGUAGACUGGUUAGGCGGUCCGACAGUUGCUUGUCAGUGCUGUUUCUUCCACCCAUGCGAGAGUAGCACUAACAUAAUACCGAACAUUUAGUCAUCACUACUGACAACUUUCUCUCUACCCUCAAUCACAUUCCCGCAAAAGACAAUGAGACCUGGGCACUAUCGACCCUCGUUGAUGACAAAGUCCCAACUCACCCUUUAUCCAAACUUGCUUCUGUGACAUGGACGAAUGGGGUAAUGAACCAAUUUUAUUUUCUUCUUGCCUUUCGGGUGCUCAGUGGGGAAAUCUUGACACUUUUAGUAUUAUGUUCUUCAUAAUGAUUCCGUACUGAUCUCUCCUAGACGGCUCUUUGACUUAUGUAUCAAGGAACAAACGGGCAAAUCCGAGAAUAUGGCCUUGACGAUUUUCGAAAUCGCGAAUUUCGACCAGGGAGUCAUGGUGAUAUAGCUCCUGCCUUGAAUGGAACCUUUCUCAGCGCUGCACGCUACGACGCAAUCGAAGAACUGUGCUACCAAUCCACAAAUACGCAGAUCAACUGUCGACGUUACGCAAAUGGCGUUUGGGGAAAUGACGGUUAUGUCAUUUCUUCGACAGAAAGCGGGCUUCCAGCUCACGCCACCUUUUCCUUGACGACAAUGACUGAUCCCGAAACGAAGGUCGAUACUCUUCUGGCAGUCUAUGCCAAAUCGAAUGGUGCGGUCAAUCUAGUUACUAGGUCGUUCGGCGGUAUCAACUCUACGAAUAUUGGAUCUUUCUCGAGUCCUGUACAGAUUAGCGAGGUAGGUGUAGGGAAUACCUGCUUGGUGAUUAACAGUGCAAAUGGAGUCGUUGAACUCUUUGCAUCUAACACUCGGAAGAUAUACUGGUAUUCGAGUGACACUAAUCUUACAACAUGGACGAGCGGUGUUGAAAUUUCCUCUAUAUGA